UUAAAUGUUAUUUAGUGCCAUUUUAUUCUGUUUGGUGCCUACUGACCACUGCCUCGGUCUCAUUAACUGGUGUUCAUUUCCUCUGCGGAUCCUUUCAGGCUCGGCUCCAGAGGUUUCGUUGAUAGGCCUGCCAGGCACAGCUAGACUGGCAGAGAACAGCAAGGCUGGCACUGUGACCUACAGCUUCCAGGUGGCUCUGUCCCCAGGUGUCAGCUUGGCAUCGGGAUACCCCAGGAUACUCAACUCUGACCCACUCACCAACCAAUUCACUGUGUCUAUGAUCAACACUAACAAAGCACAGGUGACAGUAACAGGUACUACCAACCUGGAUUUUGAGACGUCACCCAACAACUUUGUCCUUCAAAUCCUCGCUGUGGACAGUACGAAGGACCUGGCUCUCCAGAGACUCACAGUCAUCCUAACUGAUGUCAACGAACCCCCUGUAUUCCUAGAUGAAGAGUAUGUCCUGUAUGUUCUGGAGAAAUCCCCACCAGGAACGAUCUACAGGCCAACAGUCUCUGAUCCGGAGAACCAGCCUGUGACUUUUACACUGGCCCCGUCAAACACAGAGUUUCGUAUUGACGUUGGCUCAGGAUUCCUGACUACAACUAAACAGUUCAACUACCUGACUGACCCCAGAAGCUAUGCCUUCAACCUGACAGUGAGUGAUGGAAACAACAGCGUAUCCAGAACACUGGUCAUCAACAUCGUCAACAGGAACGAUGAUAAACCUCAGUUCCUAAAUACAAUCACAGACUUCACAGUCUCUGAGGAGCUGAGUCCAGGGUUUAUCGUGACUAACAUCACAGCAGUGGUGCCCGAUGAGUCCUUGUACAUCAUCUACAGCAUCGGCACCAACAACUACCUGGCUAUACACAGAUGUGAGUUCACUGCUCAGUCAUCCUCUACAUGCUUACCGUACUUCAACAAAAUAUCGAUAAUUGACAAGAACUACACCGGCCUGGUGACUAUAGCCAACAGGAUGGACCGUGACUCAGCUCCUCUCAGGGAGGACCCCGUAAUAACGGUCCUUGUGACAGCCACCUCCAGCCCUUCUGCUCCUCCCUCCAACACCAUCACUCUGACCAACACCAUCACUCUGACCAUCACCGUCACGGACAUUAACGACAACCCUCCCGUCUGCUCCCCAGACGCACACAGGUCAUAUUUUUAUACUGUUGUUUAUCCUUUUUUUUCAGUAUUGGUGGCAGUAUCUGAGACGGAAAAACCUGGGGCCCUGAUCACCACGGUAACGUGUACAGAUAAUGACGUUGACACGGCCUUCAGAGAGUUCCUGUUCACUGGCCUGUCCUGUCUGGGCUGCGCUAACCGCUUUGCUCUGGAACCCACGGGAUCCAAUCAGAUCGUGCUCAAAGGAAACCUAGACCUUGAGGAUCCCAGUAACCUGCCUGAUGGUAAUGAAUACAGCCUGUUGGCUGUGGCUGAGGAUAAGGAUGAGUCCAACCUAAAAGGUAGUGCAUACAUCUAUGUGACGGUGACACCUGUGAAUGAGUUUCCCCCUGUGUUUAGCCCUCCAUCGUAUUUCUACAGAAUCUCUGAGCUUCUUGGACGUGGGACGGUGAUAGGAUCAGUGAAAGCUACGGACAGAGACCUCCCUGCCACCUGUGUCCGUUACUCCCUGAUCUCUGGUGGAGGAACUAGUGGCCUGUCUAACAUCUUCUCCCUGGACCCCAAGCUGGGGAGUCUCGCCCUACUGACCCGGCCAGACUACGAGACCACCCAGACCUACAGCCUGGUCAUCAGAGCUGAGGAUGGGGACCCCAUCAGUCCGCUCAUUGCCACCACUACGGUCACUAUCAACAUCACAGAGGCCAAUGACGAGCCUCCACUGUGUGGCCCCAACCAGACACAUCUAAUAGUCCCCAAGGACCUGAGGACAGGCUCCAACAUCCAGGGCUUCAUCAUGACCUGCUCAGACAGGGACUCCCCUUCAGCCUCCUUCAUCUACUCUAUCUCGGGGGCCAGCAACCUGAACAACCAUUUUGUGUUCUCACCUUCCUCUGGCACCAACGUCACCAGACUCUUCCUGAAGGAACCCUUUCACUAUGAGAGUGGCCUGGACCGGGUCUGGUACUACAGGUCAGAUAUGCUAACUACUAUUGGUGCUCUUAUCAGUCUGAACAACUAUCAGUCUGACAAACAGAUACUGUACAAUGCACUCCUGACUGUGCUGGUUUCUGAUGGGAACCUGCGGUCUGCAGGGUCUGUGCCGAGAGGUCUGACCCAGACCGGCACAGUCAUCAUCAAUAUCCUAGUAGUGGACCCUGACCUCACCACCGUCACCACUACAACUAUACCUCGUGUAACAUACAUCACCGUCACAGAGAACACGUACAGCAUUGACGACUGGUAUAUAUGGUUUGUCAUUGCUCUGGGGACCAUGCUACUGCUUGGUUUACUCUCAUACCUGCUGUAUCACCUCUGUGGGAAGCUCUACAGGGCUCUUAAGCACAGUGACUGCUCCUGCUGCGAACCCAGGCCCCGGGAAGACCAGGAAGUACUGAUCCCAGAACCAACACCUCCAAAGAGGGAAAUAUUAAUGGAAGUGAUCAAGAUCAACACGUUAUUUGAUGGAGAGGAAGUUGAUCCUGUCACAGGGAGGGUGUACGAGUACAACAGUAAGUCUGGAGCCAGACGCUGGAAGGACGUUACCACUGUGUGAGUCUGUCCCUAUGAUACAGCCAGAGAGCAGCAGCAUGGUCAUUCCUCAUGGUCAGCAUGGUCAUUCUGCCCAAUCACAGGCUAGGAGUGGGAGGGCUAGCACUGGCCAAUCAAAAAUGAGGAGUGAGGGAGUAGGCAGGGCCACAGAGGAUAGAGGAUCUCCCUGGUCCAGUCAGAGCAGACAAACGUCAGGGCAGUCUGCAAGGUCUGCUCGGUUUGCUCUUUCAGAAGGAGGCGUAAAGUUAGAUAUGGUACCCAUGACAACUAGGGGAAGGCCCAACAUGUCUGAAGUCUGAUUCCUCACUGACAUAUAAUACAUUACUUGUGUGUUUCGAAAUCUUUCAAAUCAUUAUAGUCAAGCAUAGGAUUUUUGAUUUGGGAAAAAUGUUUAGCCUUUACAACAGUUGUGUAAACGUUUGUGAAGAUAACGUACGUGCAGAGAUACUCAAAUACGUUGUACAUUAGUACAAGCCGGGUCGGGGUCAUAAAAUGACCUGGUAACAGCUUUGUAAAUCAAGAUAACAGACAAAUAAAUAUAACCUGUCAACGCUUCUCUAGAUUAAAACUGCUCUGGCGUUGCUAUGUUACACAGACCGUUGCCGUCAUUCACCAAAGUCAAGUGUAACCAACUGUCCUACUGAAGAUACACUAAUCCCGCCACCCUUCUUUCUACCAUAACUGUGUCUUUUGGUAUGUUUUGAAAUGCUCAGAGAGAAAAAAAGUAUAAUCACACAGAAAAUAAUCAAAUAACAUUUUCAGAAUCGCAAAGAAAGUUGCUAUAAUCUACUUUUUCAAUGUUAAAAGACCGGUCCUCCACAGGACAUCAACUAACAGUUGGGCACUACAGUCAGACCCUUCGUCAUUGGUCAGGCCCUUUUCACGCAUGGAAGUUCUCAGCAGUCAUACGAAUGACACAGUUGUUCUUCAGACACUCCUGGGAAGAGAAGCAUCCGUGAUCAUUUCAAUCGCAGGGAGUAGACAAGCAAACAACACCAUCCACAUUGCAGCCAAAUUUGAAGUCGAGUCAAGACUGACUGAUCUACAAAUAAAUCACCUUGUAUCAUAAAUAUCUACUCAAUAUUUUUUUUUUUUAGAUUAGGUCAGUCACAAUUUACCCAUAAUACAUCACGAUUUUGAAGCAAUUUAACCACCACCCUGUGACUGAGUACUGGGUUGCUGUGUGUGGUAGAGGGGAGAUAGCCUGGCCCCACAUUUGUUUGCGCUGUCAGUAAAGGACCAUAUGAGUUGAUAAAACAGCACAAACAAAUCUGGAACCAGGCUAGAGGACAGAGCAAAACAUGUUAACGUGGUUUAAUUUAUAGGGUGUUGAAAUUGAGCAUUUAUAACAUAUGUGUUUGAGAGAAGUGAUUUGACUGAAUUCAACACACAGCCUGUCUCCUUACUACUGUAACCAGCCUGAUGUGGCUCUAUUAUAGCCUAAAAAGGAAUUGAAUCGGGGUCCAGUCUCAAUUAGCUUAAAUAUUCACAAGAAUACACCAAAGACGUCACAGACUUCAUCAAGGCAAUUCAUUGUCUGGGAUUGUCCUGAGAGAGAUACAAAUACAAUAAUAAUAUCUAAUACAUUCAGUAUUGUACAUGAAAGAAUAUUCCAAGUGACCAAAGAUUCCAAGUGACCAAAGAUUCCAAGUGACCAAAGCAUAUUACAUGUCAGUGGACGGACAGAAAGCAACAUUGUGAUUAAAAAGCUAAAGGUUGAAGGAAACAGAUACAGUAAUAG